AUGUAUUUAUGUAUUCUUCCUGAUAAAGUUACAACAGUCGUGCAAGGAGGCAGUCUACUGGAAGCAGGUUUGGCUGACGGUUCCAGCACAACAUUACCGUCAAAUGCUUUCAGCGAGCUAAGAAAACAAUCUCUUCUUUUGAUGAAGGAGCCGCUGUCGACGCUGCGCAAAAACGUUACGGAGAAAAUUACAGAGAAAUGUCAUGUUGCCCUGAACGAUUAUGAAUUGAAGACCAAUGAUGAAAGAGAGAUUGAACAUGGGGAUUUUCUACGAUCUGGAUCUGAAUUUCUGCGGAUACAUGUGCAUUUCGGCAGUCAGUUUCUGUGUGAAAGACGCUGCAAGAAAAGGAAUUCUUGUGGAAUCCAUAAAUGUAAGAACAAUACUGUCAUUGCGGGCGCAUUACGCGACCACCUCCAAUACCUUGUGGAACCGCAUACUGUCGAGCAGAUGGAUAAACUGAACAACUGGGCAUCAGAGAUGAAUCUGCUGUUGCCGUGUAGUACGACAUUCUACAAAAAUUUCAAAAGAAUAAUACCAUCGAUCGAAACGGUUUAUGACAAACAUGAAGCACAAACUAUCGUGUGUAUCAAGAACGCUUAUGAGAAUGAAGUCCAGCCCGGAUGGAAUAUAGCCAUUGACGGGGCUUACGACAGCAGAGGCCACAGUGCGGACUUCUGCAAAGUCCUCGCCAUUGAUCUGAAAACUGGACUAUGCGUGCAUACUGAAGUUGUGCAUCGGUCAGCAACAGGUGGUAAGAGUGGACGCAUAGAGAAAGCCGGCUUCCACCGCAUACUGCGAUGGUUUAGAUCAAUGAAUAUUCCAAUUCACUCGAUCUCGAGCGAUCGCAGUUACGCGUUCAAGACAGAGAUUGAGUCUUACAAUGCUGAAUAUGGAGAUCAGAAAGACAUCGCACUGGCUAGUCCCUAUGGUGGGACUAGCCAGUGCGAGUCCAAAAACUCGCUGGACCGUAUCUAUGGUCCAAAAGAAGUCUACCUGCCAUCAUCCACAUACUCUCUCUAUGCGAAAUUGUCGUCACUGCACAAAAACGCCUUACGAAUAGCAGAAUUGGAUGGGGAAAGAAUAGUAAAACGAGUGACCGUAGUCCACCGAAAAUUCAGUGAAAGGGAGAGUCACAUCGAACGCAAGACGCCUAUUGAACAUAUCUGGCGUAAGGAAAUCUGGAUAGAUUUCCUAUCACACUAUAACGAACGAACAACUAAUGAAGAGGAGAUGGAGUACGAAGAACUUGUGACAUAA